UUUUUUUACUCCACAGGACGGCGCAGCGCCUCCUCCCGCUGCCCAAUCCUUCCCCCAGGGCCGUCAGCAGAGGGCGGCGGAGCGGCGCCGCGCCCCCCGAGCCCUCGCGUCCUUCCCGGGCAGAGCGCGGAGCUGGCCGCCCCUCGGCUGCUGCCAGGACAAUGAUAUUUUGUUUUCUGAGCAGAACAGUGCAACUAGCAAGUACAUCCAGUCUACUGGGAAGACAGCUCUGUUCAGUCUGCACGAGUAAGCCAGUAUUGACUCUGUUUACCAAGAAACCUUGCCCUCUUUGUGAUGAAGCAAAAGAAGUGCUUGAGCCAUAUAAGGAAAGGUUUAUUUUGCAGGAGGUGGAUAUUACCCUUCCAGAGAACUCAACAUGGUAUAAUAAAUACAAAUAUGACAUACCUGUUUUUCAUUUAAAUGGAAAGUUCCUAAUGAAGCAUCAAGUAGAUAUUCAAAAGUUUGAGGACCAACUUACAAAGCUGGAGAUGCUUAAUGAUGGAAACCAUUGAAGAAAAUACAGUUGUUCUGGUGUGGUUCUGAAAUGACCAUGCAGAAUAAAUGGUGUGAAGAAGUAGUAUUCA